UCAUGGCAGAAGGAAAGGACCAGACAGGAGCCUCCUGGGAGGACCUGCCACUACCUGAUGAGUAUCCAGAACCACAUACUGAGGAGAAAGUUGUGCUGAAAGCAGAGGCUGAGGAGGAUGUUUCUGCUCCUGCCGCAGAGAAAAGCGCCAAAGAUCAGCCGACAAAAGGCAGCCCGAACCUGCUGCAGAUGCUGAAGGCAGCAGAGAGCAGGUGGACUCCUCAGGGGCAGGACAGAAACAGAGAAGAGUCUGAGACAGGAGAGUUGGUGGCUGAAGCUCGGAAGACUGACAUGUUCAACAGCUCUGCCAGCAUGAAGAAAAUGUACAGUCUAGUGAGCAUAACUAAAGGCAAGGACCAGGAGGCAGUGCAGUCCAUCUGCAUCAAGCAAAUACAGUUCACUGAGCAGAAGCAAGAGUUCAACAAACGUCCCGCCAAGACCGCUCGUCGCUCGCUGUCUCGGUCCAUCUCACAGUCGUCUACAGAUAGCUACAGUUCAGUGUGCAGCGACAGCUCCGAGGAUGAGUCUUCUCCGAGAGACAAGUCUCAGAAGACCUCCAAGGGCCUUUCUGAUUUCUGCAUCAAAAACAUCAAACAGGCCUAUUUCGGACGCAGAGAAAUCGAAAUCGCAGAGCAAGAAAUGCCAGCGCUGAUGGUCCUGAGGAAAAGAGCAGGUGGGGAGAAACCUCUGGCUGGAGCCAAAGUGCUGGGCUGCACACACAUCACAGCACAGACAGCGGUGCUGAUUGAGACUCUGUCUGUGUUGGGGGCUCAGUGUCGCUGGGCGGCCUGUAACAUCUUCUCCACCCAGAAUGCUGUGGCUGCUGCUCUGGCUGAACAAGGGAUCCCAGUGUUUGCAUGGAGAGGAGAAUCAGAGGACGACUUCUGGUGGUGUAUUGACCGAUGUGUCAGUGCGGAUACCUGGCAGCCCAACAUGAUUCUGGAUGACGGAGGCGACUUGACUCACUGGAUCUAUAAGAAGCACCUGAGCCUGUUCAAGAAGCUCAAAGGCAUCGUGGAGGAAAGUGUUACGGGCAUCUAUCGGUUAUACCAGCUGUCAAAGGCAGGCAGGCUGUGUGUCCCGGCCAUGAAUGUUAACGACUCGGUGACCAAGCAGAAAUUUGACAACCUUUACUGCUGCAAGGAGUCCAUACUGGACGGGUUGAAGCGAACCACUGACGUCAUGUUUGGAGGGAAACAGGCGGUGGUGUGUGGAUAUGGUGAGGUUGGCAAAGGUUGCUGUGCUGCCCUGAAAGCGCUGGGUGCUGUUGUAUACGUCACAGAAGUGGAUCCCAUUUGUGCCCUUCAGGCCUGCAUGGAUGGCUUCAGAGUGAUCAAACUGAGCGAGGUGGUCAGGCAGGUAGACAUAGUCAUCACCUGCACAGGCAACAAAAAUGUGGUGGGGAGGGAACAUCUGGACCGAAUGAAGAAUGGCUGCAUAGUCUGCAACAUGGGACACUCCAGCACUGAGAUAGAGUUGGCGAGUCUGCGGACUGCAGAGCUGAGGUGGGAGCGUGUGAGGCCUCAGGUGGACCAUGUGAUCUGGCCUGACGGCAGGAGAAUCAUCCUGCUGGCUGAGGGUCGUUUGCUGAAUCUGAGCUGCUCCACGGUGCCUUCACUUGUCCUCUCCAUCACCGCUACAACUCAGGCAAUGGCUCUCAUAGAGCUGUACAGCGCUCCAGAGGGACGAUACAAACAGGACGUCUACCUGCUGCCAAAGAAGAUGGAUGAAUUUGUGGCCGGUCUUCACCUGCCGAUGUUUGACGCUCACCUCACCGAGCUGACUGAUGAACAGGCCAAGUACCUGGGCAUCAGCAAACACGGCCCCUUCAAAUCCAACUACUACAGGUAUUAACCCUCUGGAGAUGAAGCUGAAAGACAAAGGCUUGGGAUGUGCUGUUGAGGAUUUAAUUGUGGAAAAGCCCUCAUGGUCCUGCAGACACUGACGCCCUCUACAGGCUGAUUCUCACUCAAUAUCAUGCAAAGACAUCAAACUUUGACUUUAGUUCACUAUUUUUUCUGUGUUGUGUGCAGCUGUAUCUGUUUUAUGUGCUUGUUACACAUUUCUACAGAUAAAAUAGCUGUAUGCCUAAUGGCCCAUAAUCCUGAUUUAAAUCUACUUAAUUUUAACCUCAAAUGAAACCUCUACUAGUGAAGCUCACAUGAGAUAAUAAAAAAGAUCAGUUUUACUGUUUCUCACAGUUUCCUGCGUCUCUCAUCAUUUUAAUGUAACAAAAAUAGGACGGAAUUUUACAUUUGCACCGCUUGCUGUGUCAAAUGAAAAGCAUGUUACUUUGUUUGGCAUCAGAAAGAACACAAAAUGAUUUGUGGGAGAUGUAUUUGUCAAUUGUAAAUUGAGCUGACAAUCACACCUUGACGUCGCGCUGAUAUUGGUCUGGUAUUAAAGGGAAAUUAAGUGAUUUGUAGACAAAGUGACAACAGGGCCUGAUGGCCCCUGCAUUGGUCUCAACUGACUAAAACUCCCACAUUCCAGAAUGGGGAGUGGAAGUUUUCAGCCCACAAUGCAAAUGACAGGUUCUGAGUUUGAAGUCGGUAUUGAUCCAUCCUUGAGCUGCUGUUUUGAUGUGAAUCAUGCUUUGUCUUGGCCUUCAAAGCUGUCUGAAGUAAAAUGAUUACACAUGUAGCCUGAGAGUUUGCCUGCUGUUCAUCAAGUCAAUCCACUGGGUCGUCACUUCCUCGGAUGGGAGGAGUGGAUGAAGACCUUUGUGGGCUUGCAGUCAACAACGGUUGUUUAGUGUCUUCACUGAUGUUACAUUUUUAGAUUCUGUUGCCUUCUGUAUUUCAUCAUUCUGUAAUUUAUAUGGCCCUAUACUGUAUUUGUACGGCCUAAUACUGUAAUUAUAUGAUAUCAUGCUGUAUUUAUAUGACCAAAUACUGCCACCUAGUGGCCAUCCUGUAGCAAGUAGUGCCCAACAUGGCAAAUAUUAAGAUAUUUUCACAAUUGCAAAUUUUAUUUUUAUUAAAUAUUUUGAUAUUUUUACCACUUAACCAGAUUCUUAGGGUGCAAGUAGAUGCCACUGAGUUUUAUGGGAAAAAGUCUGUUAACUGCUAAUGAUUAAAUUUUCUUUUUCAGUUAAAAACUGCUGUUGAAGUCUGUUACAUGUCAUUCAUAUGUGAUGGUCUUUUUCUCCUGUGCAGCUAGAGCCCCCCUGC